GUUAAAUCAUCGUGAGGAGUGCCAUUCUUGAAGCCCGCUCCGGUGAAUCUGCAGGUAUCCACUAUAAAUAAUGAGCCUAUAGGCCGCUGCCAUAAAGACGGUUUGCGGUCCUCCUCUCUCAUACCGCCCACCUCUCUCUCUCUCUCUCUCUCUCUCUGUCUCUAUCACACACAUACAUACGCGCGCGCGCUCAGACACACGCACGCGCACAUAGAGGUGGGAGUUGAUGCUCGUGUAGCUGCUGGAAGCCAGGAUGGGAUAAUCAUGCGUGUCUGGCUUCGGGCGUUGAUGCAGCUGCCGUUGCUGGAUCCGGACUGGACUCGGGGCGUAGGGUGGGUCUAGUUCCCGACUGGAGCUAUCUGGACCUCAUGUCGAUGUUAUCAAGUGUUCCGAGAAAGACGAGGGCGAUGGCCGUGAGAGGAGUUGGUGCAGCUCUGUGAAACGUCCAGGCGAGAGAAAUCGACCGUUUUCACCGAUGGAGGACAGAAUCCGCCGGUGUUAAAGCGCAGCCCUGGUUUGGAAUAACUUGGAACAGGGCAGAGAGGAUACAGAGGCUGCCCUCAGAGGGUACCGAAGGAGCCCAUCUCUUGUUUUCUUCAUGGUUUUCUAAACUGGGAUAGAGAUAGAAAGGCGCCUGGAAGAACGGAUCACUUUUGCAUCGGUAAUUAGGAGAGGACUGCCUCGUUGGAGCGAGCGGCAGCCGCAUCCGACAGACCGGGGGGGGGGACAGUUGGAUGGAGAGGGCGCAGUGAGGGCUGAGAGAGCGGCUCGCCGUGUGUAGGAGGGGACGGAGGGAGACCGGGCAGUUUGAAGGGACGGGGAGCCAGGAGCGGCGCGGCGGCUCCAUGAGCGGCUCCUGCCGGGACAGAGCGCCCAGAGCCCAGCCGGAGCGUCUCCACCGCCGCGGGUAAAAAAAUAAUAAUACCCGGGCUACAGGACGGCGGCCAGUUUGGAAGUUUUGAUGCAUAUGAUCACAACCACCAUGAUUUUUAUGAUUCUUGGUGCUUCAGUUGUAAUGGCGAUAGCCUGUUUAAUGGACAUGAACGCACUACUGGAUCGCUUUCACAACUACAUCUUACCGCAUCUACGAGGGGAGGACCGCGUCUGUCACUGCAACUGUGGAAGGCAUCAUGUCCACUAUGUAAUCCCAUACGAUGGAGACCAUUCCUUGGUGGACUCAUCAGAGAACUACUUUGUGAGUGACAGUGUGACCAAGCAGGAGAUGGACUUGAUGCUGGGGCUGCUGCUGGGCUUCUGCAUCAGCUGGCUGCUGCUGUGGCUGGACGGAGUCCUACACUGUGCUGUCAGGGCCUGGAGGGCGAGCCGCUACUAUGAUACCCCAUCCUGGUCAUGGCUGCCCCAGUUCUGCAACCUUCGAGACCUACGUCGCCGAGCCCAGCUCCGACAACUGGAGGACUCCAGCGGCAACAUGGUCCACAUCAAGCAGAAGCUCUACCACAACGGCCAUCCCAGUCCCCGCCACCUCUGACUCUGAAAAACUAAACAACAAAAUCAACAACAAAAAAAAAACCUAGAUCCCCUCCUCUUAAAAUACCUUCUCCUUUCCCCUCUAAGACCCCUCACCUUCCUUCCCAAAUUGCCCUUGGCCAACUAUUGCCUCAGAGACCCUGGAAAACUGCCCUCCCACUGUUCAUAACAUGGCCCCCUUAAAUCCCCACGACAGGACUUUCUUAUGACUAAACCUGGCCCCUGUAAGCACCAAAAAAAAAAAAAAAAAAAAAUCCCAAAA